AAAACAAGUAACAACUGAAUCUGACCAGCAUUCAAAACAACAGUGCGGUCUUUGCUGGAAUUACCCUUAGGGGACAACUGUGGACAGUUAUCUAACUUUUGAUCGAAACCUUUCAAAACAUUGUUUAAGUAGAGGCAAUAAAUUUUCCUGCUUCACUUAUUAACCCUUACUCUUUUAUGUAUGGUACACCGCACCAGAAGGACUCCACUAGGAGUCAGCCAGCCACCGAAAGACUGACUCACGAAUUAUAUACUCUAAAGUUGCUCGCGUAAAAAGUGACUGAAUACACACAGCACAAACUGCCGGAAGUACCAGAGAGGGAAAAAAAACUUUCAGGAGUUACAAUGUAACCCACUGUAACGGAAUAAUAUAAUUCCACUCUCACAAGAAGAAAAACACAUUUCCCGGACACAAAUCCUUUGUUUUAUACAGAGAAGUGUUAAAGAAACGCUUUUGGGGGGGCCAUUGGGAUUCGGGUGGUUUUAUAAGUUUAUUUUCCCAUGUGUACAAUGGGGCUACCGACUCUGGAGUUCAGCGACUCUCUUUUAGACAGCCCGGAUUUCAGGGAACGUCUGAAAUGUCAUGAAAUUGAGCUGGACCGGACCAACAAAUUCAUCAAAGAACUCAUCAAAGAUGGGAAUAUGCUUAUUGCUGCGUUGAAAAAUUUGUCUGUAGCGGUGCAGAAAUUCUCCCAGUCACUGCAGGAUUUCCAGUUUGAAUGUAUAGGCGAUGCAGAAACCGAUGAUGAGAUUAAUAUUGCCCAGUCAUUCAAAGAAUUUGCUCAGUUGUUAAAUACAGUAGAAGAGGAAAGGAGAAGACUGAUCCAAAACGCAGAUGAUGUCUUAAUUGCGCCCCUGGAGAAGUUCCGCACAGACCAGAUUGGAGCAGCAAAAGAUGGAAAGAAGAAAUUUGACAAAGAAAGUGAGAAAUACUAUUCAGUAUUAGAGAAGCACCUGAAUUUGUCAUCAAAGAAAAAAGAGACUUUGUUACAAGAGGCAGAUACCCAGAUUGACAAAGAGAGGCAAAAUUUCUACGAUGCUUCCCUUGAGUAUGUCUUCAAAGUUCAAGAAGUUCAAGAAAAGAAGAAGUUUGAGUUUGUUGAACCACUCCUGGCGUUCCUCCAAGGCUUGUUCACGUUCUACCACGAGGGCUACGAGCUGGCACAGGAGUUUGAACCAUACAAGCAGCAACUGCAGUUCAAUUUACAGAAUACGAGGAAUAAUUUUGAGAGCACGCGACAGGAGGUGGAAAAGCUGAUGCAAAGGAUGAAGACUGCAGACCAUGACUACAAAGCGCCCGGUCAGUGGACAAUGGAGGGAUACCUUUAUAUCCAGGAAAAGCGGCCUCUGGGGUUCACAUGGAUCAGGCACUACUGCACAUAUGAAAAAGGAAGCAAAACCUUUACAAUGAGCGCCUCCGAAACAAAAUCUGGUGGGAAAAUGAAUGGCCUCAUCAUGAGUCCUCCAGAAAUGUUCAAACUCAAAUCCUGCAUCAGAAGGAAGACAGACUCCAUCGACAAGCGCUUCUGCUUCGAUAUCGAAGUGGUUGAAAGAAAUACCCCCUAUCAUGGAAAUCUUUUCAGACCUCUUCACAUUUUCUGUAAAGUCCGGCAUGGCAUCAUUACCCUGCAGGCAUUGUCAGAAUCGAACAGAAAGCUGUGGCUGGAGGCAAUGGAUGGGAAGGAACCGAUAUACACCCUUCCAGCGAUACUUAGCAAGAAGGAAGAAAUGUUCCUCAAUGAAGCAGGUUUUAAUUUUGUGAAAAAAUGCAUUCAUUUGGUAGAGGUACGAGGAAUCAACACCCUGGGUCUAUACAGAAUAGGAGGUGUCAACUCGAAAGUACAGAAGCUGAUGAAUGCAGUGUUUGCAACCAGAGCCCCACCCGACAUGGACAUUGAUGCUGACAUGUGGGACAAUAAGACAGUCACCAGUGGGCUGAAAAACUACCUCAGAUGCCUGUCAGAACCACUGAUGACUUUCAAGUUUCACAAAGAAUUCAUCCUUGCUGUCAAGUCAGAUGACCAGAACUACAGGGUUCGUGCAGUCCAUGCCUUGCUACACAAACUGCCAGAGAAAAACCGAGAGAUGCUGGAUAUCCUGAUAAAACACCUGGUCACGGUCUCCGCUCACAGCCAGCAGAACCUGAUGACAAUCUCUAACCUGGGCGUGAUCUUUGGACCGACCCUGAUGAGAUCUCAGGAGGAGACUGUGGCAGCCAUGAUGAACAUUAAGUUCCAGAAUAUUGUUGUGGAAAUCCUGAUCGAGAAUUAUGAAAAGAUAUUUCACCACACCCCAGACCCCAAUGUCCCCCUUCCACAGCCACAGUCCAGGUCCAGCUCCAGGAAAAGCAGAGCCAUAUGUCUGGCCACGGGCUCCAGGAAACCCAAAGGUCACUACACUCCAAAGCUGUGUCUGGCUGAUGCAGACAGUGACACCUUCAGUAGCAGCCCCAGCAGCACCCCAAUGGGAAGCAUUGAGUCUCUCUCCUCGCACUCCUCUGAACAAAACAGCUCGUCCAAGACGAGCUCUUCCCAGCAGAAAGACAAGUCUGCGAGCAGCAUUCCCUGGAUCGCCUCACCCGUUUCAUCCAAUGGGCAGAAGAGCUCGGCUGACACCACCAGUCCGGAUUCCAGCUCCAAGGAGGACGCAGCAAAAACAGACGGGGAGUCUGACACACAGAGCCUCUGCUCCGUCACACAGAGCCUGUCCUCCAUCACACAGAGCCUGUCCUCCAUCACCACUGCUGGAAACACGUCACCCCCGCUGAAUGUGCCUGAAAAACCACCAUAUGGGCUAACAGGGCUGAAACGGUCUGCUGCCCCUUCGCUACAAUCUCUCCAGCUGACAGGCGGUACCAGAAGUUGUAGUGGUUCAGUCCAGAGCCUCGCCUCACUGGACCUAAAGGAUACCCCGAAACUGCCAGUACACCCAGAAUUGCCACCAAAGCUGACAGCCAGACGCAGGCUGGAUACAUCUGCAAGCAAUGGCUAUCAGAGACCCGGAUCUGUGAUUGCAGCAAAAGCCAUGAUAUUUGAAAACCUGAAUACCAAGACAACCCCUAUUGGACGCCGAGCAACAGCAAUGUAUUCCUGUAAGGCAGAACACAGCCAUGAGCUCAGCUUCCCCCAGGGGGCAGUCUUUUCCAAUGUGUACCCUUCUGUGGAACCUGGCUGGCUCCAAGCAACUUACGAAGGAAGGACUGGUCUAAUUCCUGAAAAUUACGUGGACUUCCUCUGAUGAAUUUUGAACAGGGCCAGAGUAGCUUCAUGGUAUCCAUGGUAACAGAAAUAUAAUGUGCAGUGAUUUGUUGUGCUUUCCAUUUUAAGUGCCUGCACCUGCGGACAUGGAAAAGUAAAGAGAACCUCAAGAAGAAGAUGUCAUUCGGUAAUAUAGGAGGGCUUCAGCAUGUUCCCGAUAGAAAGCCACAGUCACAGAUCUGGUUAAUGAACUGUUCAAUAAAUAACAGCAUACUGUACAUACUACUGCUUAGCUUUUACUGUCUACAAAUAGUAAACCCAUGGGUUAUAUGUUUCGGUGCAACGUAAUCAGUAUUAACAAAAGACACCAUUGUUUUAGUUAAUUUGCAGAUACUGUAAAUCUGUCAAAAAUGGACCGCAAAUUCUCUAGAUAUUUUGUAAAGAUGGUCUUGUAUUUCUGAAAUGAAAACCAGCAAAACAGGUUCAAGGAUCCCUGAAGUCUUGAGUGUCUUGUGACGCUUGUGAAUAUUACAUAUCUACUCACUGUGGCUGUGAGUACACUUACUCUAGUGGUACAUAGAUGUGUUUAUAGUUGCCCGUCUAAUACUUUUCUAGACGUGCAUAAGUGCCUUACAAAAACAAUUUCAAAUGAAAAAGAUUCAAGAUGAUACAAAGUAGCAUUUCAUUGCUUUGCUUUAUAGUAACGUUUCUAAAUACUGGUAUGCUGCUUUAAAUUGUAUUUGCUUUUCUUUGGCACACCCAGCUGUUUUUAUUCUAGUUUUAUUAUUAUGCAGUACUUAAAGAUAAAUUAACAAAAAGUGGUCCCAUUAUGUUAAAAAAAAAAAACAUAUAUACAUGUUUUACUUGUCAUGCUUUCUGAUGAUGUACUACAGUUCUAAAAAAUAAUUGUGGGGUUCCAAUAUGUAUUAGCCAGUGCCUUAAAGAAGAAUGCUUUAAAAUAUUAGCAACAUCCCUAUGAUAUUAAAUGGGUAUGUUUACAAUGACUUUUAGAACCCAAAGCGUAACAUUCUUUUUCUAGAAUUCAUAACCAAAUGGAAUCAGUAGAGCUUUAUUAGCUGUUGUGCUGUGGGAGAUCAUAAAACCAUUGAACAAAUAAUUACAUUUUCCUAAAAACUAAGAGGACAGCGAGAAAUGGUCAAAUAUCUAUCUUAGUGGUGGCGGCCAUGGGGUAGAUACAUUUUGGAUCGUUCUAAAAGCUUACAAAAUGAUUGUAAAUUAUUUUAACAGUGCUGUUGCGUUCAUUAGUACAUUUCCUAUGAUUCGUGACAUUCAAAACAUUAGCAUACCUCUGUGACACAGACACAGAUAACUAGCAUAUAUCCAUUUCGGAGCUCUGUCGUUCCUCCCUCAAAGUGGUUGAAAAACAUUGCCUGGUCAACUGGCUUUAAAACCUAACCCAUACAUUUCACUAGAAAACCAGUACUCCCAGCACGGAACUAACUUCAUAAACCAAAGCUCCUCCUUAUAUCCUGUGGCCUGAGCUCCCAGCAUUCCUUGGUUCGUUCCGCUCCUUCCCAUAUAGUACAUUAUGACACCCACAGGUGUAGGCACCUAUUCAAAUACUUUGCUUUAAUAAACCUAUGUAUUUUGGGUGCAGAUAAGCACCCUGUCUCAAGCUCCACAAACUGCAAUGGCUCUAUGUGGUACAAAAUAAUAGGGUCGAGUGAAAUUGUAUUACUAUCAUAGCGUUCUACCUCUUUUUUAAUAAAUCUACUCUUGUGGUAUAUUGGUUUUUCCAAUGCAAUUCAUUAUUGCUUUUCUCAAGCAAUGUAGAAUAAAUAUGAACAAUUCCUAUGAGAAAACCUCCUUGGAUAUUAAAUGAGAUGCGAUAUAAACUAGAGCCUUCUUGAGACAAAAACUGCAGCCUUUGCCAUUUAUAUAAGUGUUUGUAUAAUGAAAAUCGGCACUUUCUUAUUUAUCUAUUCCCUCAUAAAUGUACUUUUACUGGUACACUGGUGUACUGGGGUUAUUAAAUGGUAUUAUAUUUGUCUGUUAGGUUUAUAUAUGUCAAAGGUAAAAAAGAGUUUAGUAUUUAACAACUUUAUUGUAUAACAAAUGUAUUGUUAAGCACUUGCUGUAUUAUAUUUUGAAGUACAAAUUUGAAAUAUGUCAAUUUGUAAAAGCCAUGUGCUUUUUUGUUUCAUUUUAUUAAUAUUAAAGAAAAAACAUAAUUUGUUGUUGAUGUUCAGACAUAAGGUUUUUUUUUUUUUUGUUCACAUUGAUGCCUUUAUAACCUGGGCUAGCUGUCUACAAGUCAAGCAUCUACAAAUGCUCCACCUUGACUGUGCAUAGGGGGCAGUGGAACUAGAAUAUAAAGCACACAGUCACACGUCCUUGCUGUUUAAACCAUUACACAGCUCAGUUUAAACAGCGCUACAGACUUAACUGUCGACAUGGUAUAUCAUCAAGUGGUAUUGCCAUUGGAUUUGAAUAGUUUGCCUGGAGCUGACAUGUCUCCUGUGUCAGUUUCACACUCAUGGAGCAGCGUUUAAGAAGCUAUUAACACAGAUUACGAUCACAGCAGUUCACUUGGUUUCAAAAAGUAUCUAAACAAAAAAGCGUUGCAAGAAUUGCUUGCAGAAGUUGUUAGAAACAUCCCUAAAAGAUUUAUUUCAGGGGCUCUGAAGUCCACCAUAGUUCAUUACUGUUUUCUAAAGUCAGAUUUUAUCAUUAAUACAAACUCUGUAAAAAAAAAUGUCAAAACAAAGCUGAUACAUCAUUCAACAAUCAAUUAAGGAUAUGGCUUUAAAAACAUCAGUUCUUGAUGAUCCUAGGAGCCUGAUUUCCCACUGUGGGCAAAUUGCUGCUCACGUCCUCAGAAUUUACACACAGUGGCUAGUUGUCAGUUUUCUAUAGAAAAAGAAAACUUAACAUGUGUUUGUUAAUAAUAAAUUGUUCCUUUUGUACAAUAAUAUAUAUUGAUAGCUUGUAAAAUGCGUGGUACAUAUUUCUAAUCCUACAGAUCUAUUUAUGAUGUAAACAGUGAUGGAUAAUAAUAUUUAAAAAAAAACAUAUUUCCCUUAAGAUAUUUAAGCACAGUUGCUAUAUUAACUUAUAAAGGGGUUCAAUAAAGUAGACCCCCGAUGUGUGACUAGAGAAACAGAUAUAAGACAGAAGUAACCAUACAAAGAAAGGUUUUAUGUGGAAUGCACAUGUUGAAUUUGUCAGAAGUGUCUAUUUAUAAAUGGAUCAGCAUGUGUAAAUGCAAAGCUUAAAAAAAAAGCAAGUGAAAGUGUUUACUUACAUGCCUGUCGACAAAAUGUGCUGUGGGUAUUGAGAUUUCCAUUUGCAUCUGCACAUGCAGUCAUGUAGGUGUGGAAGUGCUGUAACUAAACUGCAUGUAUGGCAAGAAAUAUUCAUUGUCACUUAAAUUUUUGCUUAACUUUGUAUGUUUUGUGGAUUGUUGGACGUUUUUUAGAUGAUCAGAUACCGUAUAUCUGGAAAAAUGCUGUAAAUGUAGCAACUGUCAAUCCUUUCCUCUGUAAACAAUUUACAGGCCUAGUUGUGAUAACACAACAUUUAAAUUAGACUGGCAAAGAAUUCGCUUCUCAGAUUUGUAUAUUUUGAUGAAGAAACAUGUUGUUUUUUUUUGUUUUUUUUUUACUGAGUAGGAUACAUUUUAUUAUACAAUAAAGGCACCUGUUUGUAACCCAAGGCACAAUUUUUAUUCACUGUUAUUAUAUAAUUUAUGUGUUAAUCCUGAACGAUAAUGUUUAUGCUUGGAAAUUUUAAUAAAAUAAUGUGUUUGUA